AUGCGCUGUGAUGGUUGCACUGCUCUGGGCGAGGCAGGCCCUUGGCCAGAGAUCUUUCCGUUGGAGAAGCUCAGCCUACCAGAGGAGACUCCAAUGGAAGGGUCUAUCCUUUGGUAUCCUGGAUCUUUUGCUCCAUUCCAUCUGGGGCAUUUGAACUGCUUGCGAGCUGCCUGGAGGGGCCUACAGAGUGAGCUAAAUUUGCUUGGUGCUUACGUGCAGCCUCAACCCUUUGGGCAUUUGGCGUACAAGAAAUUGGAAGAUCAAUCAUCGAUCUUGGCAACGGACCUGGUGCGAUUGAGAAUUCUAGAGCUCAUCAUCUCCAAGGAAGAUUGGGUCAUGCUGGAUCCCUUUGCCAUCCUUCGAGGGAAGGGAAGCAACUUAGAGCAUCUCCGCGCCUUGCGUGGCAACAUGUCUGCGGCCAUGACGCAUCUCACGGGCUUUCAAGCAGGUCUUGCGAACGUGAUCGAGAUCAUUUGGGUCAUGGGAGACGAUGCGUUCCCUCAUUUCAGGGAGAAGUUCCUUGAUCCACACUCUUGGCACUCCAAGCAAAUGGAGAAAGUUUUGCAAGAUGGCAAGUUUCGACUUUGCGUUGUCCACAACCGGCCCUCGCAACGGACCUUGAUCAAUUCUGAAGCCUUACCCUUCCAAGUCCUCGAGAUCGAUGCUCCUCCACAGCUUUCCGCCGACCUCAGCGCCACGGCCUUGCGGAACGCCUGGCUGUCCAGGGUUCCAGAGAGUGAGAUCAGCCAGAGGCUUGGAAGUGCUGAAGCGGCCAACUACAUGCGCAGCCUGCGUGGCUGA